GUGACCGAAGCUCGGGAGAAUGACGCCUCCCUUUCCGCGAGGAUGCCAUCCCACUUCGUACCAGCUCAAAACUCCCGCCAUCGUAUCGCCGCAAUCGCCCUAUAUCGUGCUCUCAUCCGCGAGGCUCGUGCCGUGCCACUCCCCAACGAUGUACUCCGCAAGGGUGUCGAGAACCCACUGCCGCGGCUCGUGAAGAAAGGCUUCAAGCGCAAUCAGACGGAGGCGAGCUACCGCCUUGUUCUUGCUGCGCUAUCGAAGGGUUACAAGUUUCUCAACCUUUUCAAAGGCGCCCAGACCCCAUCGUCAAAAGAGCACUCCGAAAUCCUUACGUACCUCCGCGAAAAGAGCCUUCGUGAUGCAAGAUCAGAAGCAGGUAAACCACCAUCGCCACCGCCGAAAAUCGAGCGUCCAAAACCCAAAUGGCCACCCCUGCUCAAGCGCAUUUCCCCCCUCGACGAACCACCAGUCUACAUCUCCGAGCGCCACCCUGUGCCUCGCGAGGACCUCUCCGGCAUACGGCACGUCCCUAACGUCGCUGUGACCGCACAUGGCGUCGUCUUUCUACGCCAGGGCAAGCCGCAGCACCGCUCCGUAUGCGACUAUGUCCAGAAGAAGAACAAAUACAAGAUUAAGAACAUGGAACAUCUGCUCGCCUCGAUGCGCGAUGAACAGCAAUUUGCGAAGGAAGAAGACCAGUGGGAUAGUCAUCUCCAGAGCGAGAUCAGAUCUCAAAAGUUUGUGGUGGAAAGGCUGGUCAGGUUGCGGCAGAGAAUCGAGCAGCCCCUUGCAGACCUUCCUGACUGGGUUGAAAAACCAAGUUACGAAAGGGUAGGAACUGUCGAGCCCUAUGUCUUUGAAGAGAGUUACACCAGCAGCGUUGCUGCUACAUAUGAUGAUGCCAGCAGGAGAUUGAGCGAUGAUGCGGCGGAUCAGUCUGCGAGAGCGAAGGCGUUUCUAGCGAUCCGCGAGGCGGAAAAGAAGGCGUUGGAGGAAGACAACGAGUAUUACCGGGAAAAGGGGUACAAGUGGAUGAUUGACACACCGUACAAGAAGAAACAGAGACGGGUUGCGAAGCGCAAGAAGGGUGGCCAGGACAGAUUCGAACGCAGGGCGGUACGGCAUGAUAAGGCGCGGAAGAGCAAUUUCAUCGGCCUCAGCCCUGCCCCCAUCCAGGUUUGAGUCGCUUUCUCAUGGACGAUACCUGUUUGUAUUCAUACUGUACUAUACUUCUACAUAUUCCCCAUGAUACCAAUAAGGAAUGGUGCGGCAUACGAUGGCUACGCGAUAUCGAGGCGCAAUUGACUCCCUUUCCUCU